AUGCUUUCAUACAGUUGUGAUUCAGAAUACGGGAUUCCGAGAAGGUGUUCCUGUGGUGGGAGAAUCAUCGACGAGGUUCGAGUGAAGCAGGAGUACGACACUCUUCCUGUGAAGCGUUUCUUCACCUGCGCCAACUACGAGGCUGAUGGGUUUCACUAUCGUCAGCCUUGGGUGAUUGGUGUCCAGGAGCAGAUCGAAAGCUUGACUAAGCGUCUGGAGGAGGCUGAGGAGGUGAUGAAGUUCGUACCGAGUCUGAAAAACCAGAUUGAGACACUAGAGGCACAUGCUAAAGGGCUCACUCGGCAGGUUGAUCGCCUCACUGCGGAGGUUUAUAACCUCACGGUGCAAGUAGCUGACCUGGAGAAGCUCUGCUUCGAAUAACCACCAAAGGUCACGGGUUGGAAGGCCAGGGUGUUGCAGGUCACGGGUUGGAAGGUUGCGGGGUGUUGCAGGUGAAGGAUUUUGUUUGUUUCUAUAUGUUAUUUGCGGAUACUUUAAGCCACGGGUAGUAGGACUUUAUGUCAGUUUUUAAUCCCGGAUGUAAACGGAUGUACUAUGUGUAGGACUUGAUGUCUUUUGCUGUUGAUUCACAGAUGUAAAAUAUGUUGAUUCACGGAUGUAAAACAAUAUCUCUCUCUAUAUAAACUAUGUCUUUCAGUUUAGUUAUAAAAUGUGCAUCACUUCUCUUCUC